UCGAUACCCAUCCCUAAACUGCACAACUCUGGUUUUUUUAUGUUUUAAAAACAUAUGCGGAAACAAAAAUCAAUACAUUGCUAAUGCAUAGCGAUUGCAAUUGAUUAAGCCAGGUCUAAUUGAAUCCAGCCCGUUGCAGCCACAGUGCCCAAAGCGACGUAACAAACGUAACGAAAAGACAUCGGGACAACGACAUCUCGACAAUGGUGUGUUGUGUGCGUGCGUGUGUGUGUGUUUUGUAUCGUGUUGUCUGAUUGUUUCGUGCGUGCCUCUGCUUGUGUGCAGUCGGUCGGUCGGUCACUUGGUCGGUCAGACGGUUGGACGUAGAGGGUGACACGGGCGAGGAACAGUGGAGCAGUGCAGGGACGGCAGCGGUGGCAUCAGUGCAGCAGCAACAACUACAAAAGCGGCCGCCUCAAAAAAGGAGUGCAAGGCAAUCUCUCUUUCUAGAUCUGGAAUUCGCAGAAAAGCGCAACGCAACGCGACGCUCGACACAAAGACAGCUCGAGACGGCAGCGUGGAUAUCGGUGCGCGGGCCGGACGCUAUCGCGAUCCUAUGUCGCCGAGUGUGAGCCUUUGAUGCGGCCACAGCACAGUCGAUAAGGAACGGCAAUCCCGGUAGCAGGAGCAGCCAUGCUCCCCAUCAGCGAGGAGCAGAGCCAAAAGCAGCAGAACCACCAGCACCAGCCGAGUCCAGACAAUGUUGUGGACGAUGCCGAUGCUCAGGUGGGUGACGGCAGCCUCUGGACAGCCCUGUACGACUACGAUGCCCAGGGCGAAGAUGAGCUGACGCUGCGCCGCGGCCAAAUUGUGGUCGUCCUCUCCACGGACAGCGAAGUGUCCGGCGAUGUGGGCUGGUGGACGGGCAAGAUUGGUGACAAGGUCGGUGUAUUUCCGCGAGACUUUGUCACGGACGAAGAUCCACUGCAGCUGAACGUGCCAUCGGCCAUUGGCGACAUCCAGCCGCACGAGAUUGAGUACGAGGAGAUGGACAUCAAGGAAGUGAUCGGCUCUGGUGGCUUCUGCAAGGUGCAUCGCGGAUACUACGAUGGCGAGGAGGUGGCCAUCAAGAUCGCCCACCAAACGGGAGACGAUGAUAUGCAACGGAUGCGCGACAAUGUACUCCAGGAAGCGAAACUCUUCUGGGCCCUCAAGCACGAGAAUAUUGCGGCCCUGCGCGGCGUCUGCCUCAAGACGAAGCUCUGCCUUGUGAUGGAGUAUGCCCGCGGCGGCAGCCUCAAUCGCAUUCUGGCCGGCAAGAUACCGCCAGAUGUUCUGGUCAACUGGGCCAUACAAAUUGCCCGAGGCAUGAACUAUCUGCACAACGAGGCACCCAUGUCUAUUAUACACCGCGACCUCAAGUCCUCCAAUGUCCUCAUCUACGAGGCCAUCGAGGACAACCAUCUGCAGCAGAAGACGCUUAAGAUCACGGACUUUGGACUCGCCCGCGAAAUGUACAACACGCAGAGGAUGAGCGCUGCGGGCACCUAUGCCUGGAUGCCGCCCGAGGUGAUCAGUGUCAGCACGUACUCCAAAUCCUCGGAUGUUUGGAGUUAUGGCGUGCUGCUGUGGGAGCUAAUAACUGGCGAGACGCCGUACAAGGGCUUUGAUCCAUUGUCCGUGGCGUAUGGCGUGGCUGUCAAUACCCUGACAUUGCCCAUACCAAAAACAUGCCCCGAAACCUGGGGUUCUCUAAUGAAGAGCUGCUGGCAAACGGAUCCGCACAAACGACCCGGCUUCAAGGAAAUACUCAAGCAACUGGAGAGCAUUGCCCGCUCCAAGUUCACGCUGACGCCGCAGGAGUCCUUUCACUAUAUGCAGGAGUGCUGGAAGAAGGAGAUAGCCGAGGUCCUGCACGAUUUGCGCGAAAAAGAAAAGCGUUUCCAAACCAUCGAAGAGGAACUGCGCAACAAGGAGGAGCAGCUGCUGCAGGUGCAGAACGAGCAGCGCGAGAAGGCGACCCUCCUCAAGAUACGGGAACAAAAUCUGCGGGAGCGAGAGAUAGAGCUGAUUGGACGGGAGUUGGUGAUGAUGCAGCCAGUACCAAAACGAAAGCCCAAAAAGGGUAAAAAGCAGAACAAGCCGCUGCAGAUAUCUUUGCCCACGGAAUUUCGGCACACCAUCACGGCCGUGCGCGACAAGGCAGAGCCGCCUGGCUCACCAUCCUUCUCCGGAUUACGACUCGUUGCACUCACUGAUGGGCAUAAGGGCAAGACUUGGGGACCAUCGACGAUGCACCAGAGGGAGCGCUCGCUGCUGCCAUCGCAGCUGGGCGGCGGCCAGCCGGAGUGGCCAGCACAGACCUCUACCCACUCAUCGUUCAGCAAGAGUGCACCCAAUCUGGACAAAAGCAAGCAUCCGGGUCAGCAGGGUACGGGCCAGGCCAUGCAUCAUCCGUCAUCGGCCUCGGCAUCGUCGACGCCACCGCCCCAGCAGCAGCAGCAGCAGCUGGCCGGGCAUAAUAUGGCCAUCGCCAUGACUGUGGCUGUGGCUGGUGCUGGUGCUGCGACCACGUCGUCCUUUUAUGGUGGCGAGGCGGCUGGCAGGGCCACAGGUAUACCAUUGCCAUAUUUUCUAACGCGCCCCAACCACAACAACAUCUCCACCACAACCUUCACCACCACCACCAACAACAACAUCAACAACAACAACAACUUUAACUCCGCCAACAACAACAGCAACAACAAUAAGAGCAACCAACAACAACAACAACAACAAAUGAUUAACAAUAGCAAUAGCAACAAUAAUAAUAGUAAUAAUAAUAAUAAUAGUAGUAGCUGUAACCAGAGUAAAACUAAUCCGAUAAUGCUGCCCACAUCCUCGAGCGCAUUCUCAUCUGCAUCAUCAUCCAUCAUCAUUCACUCGAACGCCCCAUUGCCCCACUCCAACACCAACAUCAACACCACCACCAACUGCAGCCACAACCAGAUCCGCAACAACAGCAGCCACACCAACCAGAGCAACAGCAACCACAGCCAAAGCAAAUCAUCAGCCAAAUUUUACCAUCGAGCCAGGAGUCAAGAGUGCGGACUGGACAGUGCGGCAACGGCGUAUCAGCUGCCUAGCACGCCGCUGUUUCCGGUAUCUGAUGACAGCUCCGAGACGGACACGGUGACACCCACCACGGGCUGUUUUCAUUUCCUCAAGUCCGGUAACUCGGGGUCCGCUGGUGCCAACAGCAACAGUGGAGCAGCAGCCAUCGGCUCGGGCGUGAGUCUGAUACGUUUCGGUGGCAGCCUCGGUAACAGCCCGGCGGUGGGCCGGAAGAAGCAUUCACUGGACAGCAGCCACCCGCAGGCGGCCACCACUAGCCUGGCCCUGCCGCUGGAGGCGAGGGGCGAGAAUAAUACCUACGAUCGGGCCUUCUACCGCGAAGUGGUGAAGAAAAUCAACGCCAGCAGUGAGCGGGUAAACUCCAAGUCGAGCGGAGAUCUCACCAUGUACAACUGCAGCACACCGCUGACCACGACCAUGGCGGAUCCCUUGGGCCUGGACUACGAAGAUGCGGAGGAGGCCUUCGAGGGCGGGGGAGGACGCUUUCAGCGGAAUGCCUCUGGAUCACAGUUCCCGCGGCAUUGCUUCUUCAAGGAGCCAAACAACAGUCGGCCGCCGGAGAGCUCCAGCGACGAGGAGGAGGAGGCGGUGGACGAUAACGAUGAGCGCGGACAGGAGGAAACGUCGAUGGACACGUCGUCGGCCUCGAGCACGGUGCGCCAGAACUCGACCACUUCGCGCAAGAGCUCGGUGACAUUUCAGAGCGUCAGCUUCGAGGAACCAACACCCACUAGCACGGGCACUGCCAAAGCCGAUCCCUAUGCGUCCAGUGCAUCGAUCAGCUUCUCCACCUCCUCCUCCUCGACGGGUGGCCAUGGGGAUGGUAACGAUGUCGUCAGGCAUGAGCAGGCCAUGGCUAUGGCGACAGGAAGCCAGAACGGCUACAAUAUGCAGGAGAACUCCAUACUGGCCACACGACGCAUGCUGGACGUCCAGCCCCAUCCGGAUGUGAUCAAGAUGAAGCAGCAUCUGCUGGAGGAGGAACAGCGCCAGCACAGCAAGAACCAAAAGAAGCAGCGGCCCAAGCACAUAGCCAAAUCCAAGUCCGUUGAGACGACCGCCGAGCCGCAGAAAUCUGGCCACCAUAACCAUCAUUCCUCCAGCUCUAACAAAAUACGCUCCUUGAUGAAUAUCUUUUCGCGCUCGAAGAAGAAGUACAGCAAGCUGUCGGAGCAUUCCAUGGGCAGGGGCCCUCACAUGGGUAGCACCGAGUUCAGUGCCAUCGAUCCCUACGAGGCUGCCGAUCUGGCGCUGAUGGCCCGAGGCGGCGGCGGCACCAGUCGCACCCUCAAGCGCAAGAGUAAGAAGCCCCAGACGCAAUCCUGUGAGCAGUUGGAACGCUGCUGAUGCGGAUGAGAGAGAUGAUAGGUGAUCUAGGUGUGUUGGUGUUGGUGUUAGAGUUGAAGUUGGAUCUCUGGAUCCCGAUUAACCUCGCUGCCUGGUGCACAUCCAUGCUCACCCACACACGAAACACUUGGACACAGCCGCACACAAAACGCAUCAAUUGCUCAUUGUUUUAUAUUAAAACCCUAAAAUAAGCCAGAACCCGAAAAAAAAGAACCCCGAUCACAUAUCCGAUUGCAUCGUCCGAUUGAUCCGAAAGACGGGCGACAGAUAGAUAGAUAGAUCUAGCAGGAACCUUCUCCCAUUAAGUGCUGCUUCGCAUUAUGAAGGGAAGACAUCAACUGCCAACUAAAGGCCCACGAAUCGGUUACUAACGAAAGCAAAUCGAAGCAAUAUUCGGCCAGAUCAGAGAUGGAGGAGACCAAACGGUUCGUAAUUAGUCCAGUGAUUUGUAUGAGGUAUUAGAGGAAAAAGUUCAUGGAUUGACCACUGAAAGACGAAGGUGAAUCGCUCAUUGGAAAUAUCAGAACUUUGAAGGAUUCACCAUUGAAGGGUAUUUGAAAGCAGCAGAAUAAGGAAGAUGACAGACGUAGGUAGAUGUUUAAAGGAAACGACUGUAGCAAGGACGAAAACUUUCAAGGAGGGACCAUCAAGUGGAUGAUUUUUUUGCCAUUAAAGCGUUAUUGGGGGACGUAGGAUACUAACACAUCCCAUUAAGAUGCAUGGGACGAUGGCAAAUUAUUUCAAGCUAAAUCAAUAUUUAUAAAUGUUUGACGACUUGAAUUAACCUUAAGG